CCUCUGAUUGGUUUACCCUGCCUUUCUUACCCUAACCAAUCUGAUUACUCAUGGCCAAACCUAACCAAUCCAACCAACAAAGUCAACGAGUACUAGCCAAUCAGAGACAGAGUGGGGUGGGUCAUACCGCACCCGGCAAGGAGGAGCUUAAACAUCCGGGAAGAAGGAGUCGGUGAAAACCUGUACUCUCCAUGGUGAAAGCCAACCAUAUCUUACAUAGCUAAUAUAUUAUACAUCCAUGAAUAAAACGGAUGUAAGGAUUGUAAUAAAGAAGAUAUAGUGAAUAUUACCCGGCACCUGCUGAUUUGUGAGAUGCUGACCUCAUCUUGCCAGUGACCAGAACUCGCCGUCCCCAUACUGGCCGAGACAGGAAGGCGGGACACAGAUCAGACACACGUGACAUGGCUGCCAGGCAGCAGAGACCUGCGGCCGCCUCAGACGGCUCAGCCGAGGCCAAAAGGCCGGACCUCAGGGCCAAUGAGAAGAAAUGCUCUUGGGCCUCCUACAUGACGAAUUCUCCAACUGUGAUAGUGAUGAUUGGGUUGCCCGCCAGAGGGAAAACCUACAUUUCCAAGAAGCUGACACGCUACCUCAACUGGAUUGGAGUGCCAACUAAGGUAUUUAACCUCGGAGUUUAUAGGAGAGAAGCAGUGCAGUCAUACAAGUCGUAUGACUUCUUCAGACAUGACAAUAAAGAAGCAAUGCAAAUUAGAAAACAGUGUGCCCUGGUGGCACUGGAGGAUGUCAAGGCCUAUCUUGAUGAGGAGGGAGGCCAGAUCGCUGUUUUUGAUGCCACCAACACCACCAGAGAGAGGAGGGAACUCAUCCUUAAUUUUGCAAAGAAUAACUCAUACAAGGUGUUUUUCGUUGAAUCAAUAUGUGACGAUCCAGAUGUCAUCGCUACAAAUAUCCUGGAUGUGAAGGUGUCCAGCCCGGAUUACCCUGAGAGGGACAGAGAAAGUGUCAUGGAGGACUUUCUGAAGAGAAUAGAAUGUUAUAAAGUGACAUACCAACCUUUGGAUCCGGACGAACAUGACAACAACCUGUCCUUCAUCCAGGUCAUCAACGUCGGCUGUCGUUUCUUGGUCAACAGGGUGCAGGACUACAUCCAAAGUAAAAUAGUGUACUACCUCAUGAACAUCCACGUACACUCCCACUCCAUCUACCUCUGUCGACACGGAGAGAGCCAUUACAAUGUGGAGGGACGCAUCGGGGGAGACUCUGAACUGUCUGAGGGAGGGAAACAGUUUUCAGCAGCAUUGAAGGGUUUUGUGGAAGAGCAUCGUCUGUCAGACCUGAAAGUUUGGACGAGCCAGCUGAGACGCACCAUUCAGACGGCAGAGGAGCUGGGAGUUCCCUACGAGCAGUGGAAGAUCCUUAAUGAAAUAGAUGCUGGAGUGUGUGAAGAAAUGUCCUAUGAAAUGAUCAAGGAAACAUACCCAGAGGAGUUUGCCAUGAGGGACCAGGACAAGUACCAUUACCGCUACCCUGGAGGAGAGUCCUACCAGGACCUGGUUCAGCGACUGGAGCCAGUCAUCAUGGAGCUGGAGCGACAGGGCAACGUGCUGGUCAUCUGCCAUCAGGCCGUCAUGCGCUGUUUGCUCGCCUAUUUCCUCGACAAGAGCGCAGAUGAUCUACCCUACUUGAAGUGUCCCCUGCACACUGUCCUAAAACUCACUCCUGUGGCUUAUGGUUGUAAAGUGGACAUGUUUGACCUGAAGGUCCAGGCUGUCAACACUCACAGGGACAGGCCAUUGACAGGGAGAGAUGCAACGAAGGUCUCCACUGGAUUCGAACCACGGACACUGCGGUUCAUGAAUAAAGUCAGCACAGAUGCUGUGCCGCCAGCUUUCCUCCGACGGAACAGCUUCACUCCGUUGUCCAGCCAAGACCAGAUCAAACGACCUCGUCUUUACAGCAUGGGCAACCCCCCACAGGCACGCAUGUCCCAGGCCCCCACUUUACCCAGCAUGCAGUUCUCGGAGGUAUCUGAGGGCGCAGAGCUGCUACAAAGCAAGGUCAAUGCAGACUCUGUAAACUGUUUCAGUGCGUCAGACGCAGGCGAAUGUGUUCGCAGUUGAAGAAGCACAGAAAGAGGUAUUUUCAGCCUUUUCCUCUCGUCUAUCAUGCGGAACAUCUGUACCCCUGACCUCAGAUAUCUCAUCCAUUUGUUUUGCCAUUUCUCCCAGGCUUUUCUCCACAUGGAUGUAUCACCAGUUCUGAGGACCAGCAGUUUAAUCCCCAGCCGCUUCAGCCAGUACAUUCUUAACCUCUGCAUUACACACCUUAUCUGUGUAACCCUAUAUUUGUUUAUUCUUUGUUUUUGUUUGUUUGUUGAAUAAGUUAUUUGUGUGUCAGUGAGUGUGUGCACAUACAGUACAUACAUGAACUCAAAAGCCUUCAUAUCUAGAUUUAUAGUUAUGUGGCAUUUUUUAGUAACUAAAACCCAUCCAUUAGUACCUAGCACACUCCACGUACUGUAAUCUACAGUCAUAUUAUGCUGCAUUAGAUAUAGAACAUGUCGAUUAUGAACUGUAUAUAUAAAUGCAAGUUACUAUCUUUUAGUUUAAGUGUAAGAGAGUGCCUCUCUUAAAGCUUCAUUUUUUUCUCUCCGAUUUUGUUCUUUAAGUUACCUUUUUAAAUCUUUGCAUUCUGACAAGAUGUAGUAAUAAUUUGAUUUUGAAAUAUAAUUUAAAGCAUGUUAACCUUGCAGUGGGUAGACACAAGCUGUAAAAAGCACUGGAAUGUUUUGUGAAGCCCUACAAAAAGGACAUCAGCUACUGUGCUAUUUUUUCCUCUGUGACAAUGACUCUUAAAUGAUGCCUACAUUACAUGCAUGUUUUGCCUUCUACUGAAAUGACGGCGCUGUCUACUGUGAUAAUGUAAAGCUGAUCACAUUCAAACUC